AUUAAGUCUCCUAAGCAACCUUCGCAAUACAUUACAGCACGUAGCUUUAAAAAUUAUGUACCGAAUUAUUUUGCAGCUGAUCUUGCGGACAAAUCAGAUUGUCUCCUAUCUAUUUUUGACGGCGACGAUGUAAAUGCUAAACUAAACAUUCUUAACUAUGCGAUCCAGUCUACACUAGACGUUCAUGCUCCAAUUAAAACAAUUAAGAUCCGUAACCGACCAUGCCCAUUUAUUACCCAAGACCUCAGAAACCUUAUGAAAGAGAGAGAUCGAUUACAUCAACGAUUUCUACGUACGCGGGAUAUUAUAGACUGGGUCAAUUAUAAGAGCUACCGGAAUAAUGUGAAGAGAGAUCUUAAGAAGGCGGAGAAUGAGUAUAACUCUAAUGAA